AAUAACAAAAUUUUUUUUCUUCUUAUUCUUGUUGUUGCUGUUGUCGUUGUGUUCUGUGUUUCAAAUUCGGUCAAAUUCGUUUCGAUACGGAAUUUUUUUUUUUUGAAUCGAUCAUCAUCAAAGAUGAUGUCAUUACGACGAUGGACAGCUAUAAUUUUUUUAUUUGUGAUAUCUUGCGAUUUAUCAUUCAAUGUUGAAAUUAUACCCAAAUAUACAUCAUCAACGGGUAAUAAACCAUUACGAUUUACACGUGUAAAACGAUGCCGUCAAGGUGGUAUUGAUUGUCGUACGUAUCGUUUGGUUGCACCAUGUCCACCGGAAAUUUGUGGUGUUGAUAAUAAUAAUAAUAAUAAUCGUCGUAUUAGUCAACCAUUACAAAGUGAAUCCGUUAUACAUGAAACAUAUGUAUCACCACCGAUUACAUAUGUUUCAUCAUCACCAUCAACAUCGAAUCAUCGUUCGGAAUAUUCAUAUUCAUCAUCAGCAUCAAGUUCGUCAUCGUCUUCAAGUUCAUCACGAAUAAUUAGCCAUAAUCAUACACCGAUACCACCACCAAGUCCAUCGAGAAUCAUUGAACGACGGAUAGAAAAAUAUCGUCCACAACCAAUUGUACAGCAGAAAAUUGUACAGGAACCUAUUGUACAACAAAAAAUAGUUCAGGAACCAAUUGUACAACAAAAAGUUGAAACUUAUGUUCAGAAAACCGUACAAAGACCGAUUUAUCAACAACAGAAAAUCAUUCAGCAACAUAUUCCGAUUGUGCAGCAAAAAAUCGAACGUAUCAUACAAGAACCACCAGUAGUGCAGCAAAAAGUUGAACAAAUCACACAAAUAAAAACACCGAUUGUACAACAAAAAAUUGAACGUAUCGUACAGAAACCAGUUCCGGUUGUGCAGCAAAAAUUCGAAAGAAUUAUUGAAGAACAUCAUCACGUAAAAUCAUCACCAAAAGUUGUACAAGUUGAUGAAGAGAUUCAUACAAUAAUACAGAAACCAAUAGUAUCAUUACGUAUAACAGCUUGUCCAGAAGGUCAUUAUCUAUCGGCAGAUGGCACUCAUUGUAAACAUAUUGAUUGUGAAAGUGGAUUCGAAUUCAGUGAUUUAUUAUUGAAAUGUGUCGAUAUUGAUGAAUGUACCGUGUCGACAGCUUGUCUUCGUGAUGAACAAUGUAUCAAUACAUAUGGAUCAUAUGUGUGUAGAAAAAUCUGUACACAAGCUGGUUAUCGUUUGAAUGAAGCUCAUAAUACAUGUGAAGAUAUUAAUGAAUGUAUUGAAGAUUUACAUAGUUGUGGACCACAACAACAAUGUAUCAAUACACCUGGUUCAUAUCGUUGUGAAUGUCCGAAUGGUUUCCGUUUGGAUGGCCAACAAUGUAUCGAUAUAAAUGAAUGUAUUGAAUCACAUGAUCAUCUUUGUCCACAUGAUGUAUCCACCUGUGAGAAUACACCCGGUUCAUAUUAUUGUAAAUGUAAACGUGGUUUUGAAAAAGAUCAUCGUGGUCGUUGUACAGAUUUUGAUGAAUGUCUCAUUAAUAAUGGUGGAUGUUCACAACGUUGUAUCAAUAAAUAUGGUUCAUAUGAAUGUCAUUGUAAUGAUGGAUUCAAAUUAAGUGCUGAUGGCCAUACAUGUGUUGAUAUUGAUGAAUGUGUUGAAUAUUCACAUACAGGAAUCUGUUCACCACAAGUUUCAAUUUGUGAAAAUACCAUUGGUUCAUAUAGAUGUCGUUGUCGUACUGGAUUCCGUGAUCCUGAUGGUACUGGUAAACAUUGUGUGGAUGUAGAUGAAUGUUUAGAGCAAACAAAUCUUUGUGAACAAAAAUGUAUCAAUACAUUUGGUUCAUAUAAAUGCACUUGUAAUCGUGGCUAUCGUGCUGUUGGACCACAUCGUUGUGAAGAUAUUGAUGAAUGUCAUGAAGGUGAUUUUAUUAAUGAUAUUGCAUUCAGCCGUUUCCGUCAUGAUGAUCAUGAUGGUCAUCCAAAAUUAUGUCAAGGUGGUUGUGAAAAUUCAGCUGGUUCAUAUCGUUGUACAUGUCCAAAUGGUUAUAAUUUAGUACAUAAUCACCAUUGUCUUGAUAUUGAUGAAUGUCGAGAAUUUGGAUAUUGUCGUGGUUCGAAUCAAUCAUGUGUUAAUAUUGGCGGCAGUUUCCGUUGUAUUGAUGAUCGUUGUCCACCUGGUUAUCAUAAAGAUGGAGUACAAUGUAAAAUAAGUCAACGAUUAAAUUAUGCUGAAAUAUGUGAUGAUCCAACCGAAGUCUGUGCUAUUGAUCGUGUUAUCUGUUAUUCAUAUGCAUACAUUGCAUUCCGUUCACGUAUGAUUAAACAUGAAACUGAAACAACCAUUGUAACGACUACGACAAAAGGUGAAACAAAAUCUGAUAUAAAAACUGGUGGAUAUCAAUCAGCUGUCACUGUACAACGGUUAAAACAACAACCAUCAAUUGGUAAUAAUAAUAAUAAUGGUCGUGGACAUGAAUUCUUUACGUUUGUCGUACCAGUUGAAUCACCAAUUAUUGUUGAUUUUAAAUUACGUUUAGUAUCGGUAAAAUCACCAAGACCAGGUGUACGUGCUGCUAAUGUUAAUGAUUUUGAAAUGCGUCGUACAAAAGAUAAUGAAGUACGUUUGGCCAUAAUGUCAUCAUUAGAAGGACCACAAGAUAUUGAAUUGGAAAUUGAAGCAAAAAUGUAUAAAAAUGGUCUACAGAUUGGUAAAAAUUUGGCUAUUGUAACAGUUUUUAUUUCUGAAUAUGAAUUUUAAAAUUCAUAUAUAAUUUAUCAAUUUUAAUUUAAUUUAACUUUUUAAUUCGAUCCAAAACAAUCAUACACACACACACGCACACACCUACCGAAAAUUCUUGUAUAACAAAUGUAAUAUGGGUGCUAAAAUGAAUAAAAAAAUCCGUUUUUCGAUCAUCA